AUGGCCACCAGCGACGACAGCCCUCCUUGGAAGCGUCAUCAAGGCGAGAUUAUAGAGACAGAAAUAUACUGGCGUGACCGUCAGCAGUGGUUAUUGGAACGGGGGUAUCAGCUUCGCCCACGAUACAGAGUAGAUUGGAAACCUUCAUGGGAGGGCACGGACAAACAAUAUAAUACAUGCGAAGACGGCAGGGUCGCUAGACAUCCUGCUGUACUAGACGCCGUCCGCCAAAGCGACGGGGCCGUAGUUGUUUUGAAAAAGACGAAGAAAUCAACACAUCCUUAUGAGGCGGAAAUUGCGCGAUUUCUAUCCUCCUCACCACUCAUAUCUGACCCUCGUAAUCACUGCGUCCCUAUCUGCGAAGCCCUUCAAGACCCCAUAGACGAGGAUAUAGUGUUGUUGGUGAUGCCGUUACUUCGACUUUACGAUGAGCCGCGGUUUGAAACAGUCGGAGAGGCCGUGGAGUUCUUCCAUCAAAUGAUUGAGGGAAUGGCCUUCAUGCAUCAACAUCAUGUUGCUCAUCGCGACUGCAGCCAACUAAAUACCAUGAUGGAACCCACGAUGUAUCCGGAAUUAUAUCAUCCAGUGUUGACCACCGAAAAACCUGACCUCAGCGGAGAUGCGAAGUGCUACACGCGCAUACGACGACCGACUAAGUACUACUAUGUGGAUUUCGGAUUGUCUAGGAAGUACGAUCCGAAGGGGGGUCCUCCUCUAGAACCCCCGAUAUUAGGUGGCGACAAGACUGUUCCAGAAUUCAAAGGAAUUGGUUACAACAAAUUGAGUAAUCCCUUUCCUACCGACAUCUACUACCUCGGAAAUUUAUUUCGGCAGGGCUUCUUGCAGAGAUACCGUGGACUGGAAUUCAUGGAUGCUCUCGUUGCCGACAUGGUGCAGGAAGUGCCGGAAAAGCGUCCAACAAUUGAACAGGUCGCUGAGCGCUUUGCGGAAAUCCAGUCAAAAUUAUCGUGGUGGAAGUUGCGUUCGGAGAUCGUCCGGAGGCAUUAUGGGAUGUUCAUACGUUUUCUGAGUGCCGUCCGACACGUAUACCGAACAGCAGGAUAUGUUGUUAUGCGACUCCCACCGACUCCCACCCCGCCCUCGUAG